CAGUGGCAGUCCCGAUCUCCCCGGGGAAGCCAAAAAAAAAAAAACCCUGCGCCUAUAAACACCCGACCUCGCCGGCGCGCGCGCGAGCUCCGAGAAACCCUCCCCUUCUCCGCCGCGCCGCUACCCUAACCAGCUGACCUUGCUCGCUGUAUCUAUGCUCGAGCUGCUAGCUCCUAGUUGUUGCUACUACCACCGCGGCCGCUGCUGAUCGUUGGUGGCGCGGAAACCAUAGCCUCCCGAUGGAACAUGGUGGUUCGGGGCCGGCGGCGGAGGAGGAGCGGCCGGCGGGGGGGCUUCCGCGGAGCGGCUCCGCCAGCCGCCUCAACGCGCAGGCGCCGGAGUUCGUUCCGCGCGCGGCGGCGGCGGCGCCCCCACAGCCGCCGCCGCCGCAGGCGGUAGUGCGCCUGUUCCCACCGCCUCCCCCCGCGGCGUUCUUCGUCGCGGGGCCGCCGCCCCCGCCGCCGCCGUUCGAGUACUACGCGGCGGCGGUUGCUGGUGGUGGUGCCAGGUUCGGCGGUCCCCCCGGCGCCGCCGCAGGGGCGGAGCAGGAGGUCGACGCCGAGUCGCCGGCGAGGGACGUGGGCUUCGACGACCCGGUGCACAAGAUCAGGAAGCAGGUGGAGUAUUAUUUCAGUGAUAUAAACCUAGCAACUACUGAACAUUUGAUGAGGUUUAUUUCGAAGGACCCUGAAGGAUAUGUGCCAAUAUCAGUUGUUGGUGGCUUUAAGAAAAUCAAGGCUUUGGUUCAAAGUAAUUCCAUGCUUGCUUCUGCUCUUCGGACUUCAUCAAAACUUGUCGUUAGUGAUGAUGGGACAAGAGUAAAACGCCAGCAGCCAUUCACAGAAUCAGAUUUAGAAGAACUCCAGGCCCGAAUUGUCGUCGCAGAAAAUCUUCCAGAUGACCAUUGUUACCAGAAUCUGAUGAGGCUCUUUUCAGCUGCUGGCAGUGUGAGGACAAUUCGGACUUGCUACCCUCAGACUCCAAACGGCACCGGUCCAGCUACUAACAGAUCUGCCAAGCUAGAUAUGUUUUUUGCCAACAAACUUCAUGCUUUUGUUGAGUAUGAUACUAUGGAAGAUGCUUCCAGAGCGAUUGUAGAACUUAAUGAUGAGAGGAACUGGAGAAGUGGGCUCAGAGUACGAUUGUUGAGUACUUGCAUGAUAAAGGGAGGUAAAGGGAAAAAGGGUGGUCAUGAAGCUGAUGGGUAUGGUGACGAGGAGAAUGUCUCGACAUCUGAUCAACGAAAUGAUAAACAAUUAGAAGAGGCACCUCAACUAUCAGAUGCAGCUGGAGAACACAUGACUGAGGAUGGCACUGGAGAUAUGGGAAGAGGACGUGGCAGAGGCCGUGGGCGUGGUGGCAGAGGCCGAGGGCGUGGUUACCACCAAUAUAACAACAAUCAACAGCACCAAAAUCAGCAGCAGCAGCACCAAAAUAGCAGUCAACAUGGUAACAACCGUAACGGUGCCCAUCCGGUUGGAACCCCACCAUCUGGCCACCAAGUCAAGAAUGAGCAACAGUCACAGCCGCAGCAACCCUCAGCAGCUAACAAACAGCCUCCAGGUCCUCGCAUGCCGGAUGGCACGCGUGGAUUCGCCAUGGGCAGAGGGAAGCCGCAAUCAUCAGCGCCCACUGUGGCUGCUUCUGAAUCUGAACCUUGAAUUUGAAUGCGCAAAUUGACAGACGAGAAGCAUGGAUUGUUGUUUGCCAUGUUGAUAGAUAUGGUGAGAGACUUGCCUUUUAGAAGUCUGUCCUCGGAGGUUGGCUUUCUAAUUUAUGGACCGUUACGUGUCUGCAUGUGCUGUGUACUUCAAAACCAGCAGGGCGCUACUGGUUUGCGACUAGUACGUUUGCGGCCAUUUUGUAAGAUCAUUUUUUUUUGCCCCCUUUGCUGCAGUUUUGGGUGUAAGACUUCGAAGCGAAAACACAUGCUAAAAAAAGGAAAAGAAAUUAAACAUUGUAAAAUGGUUGUGUUUGUUGGUGUGUGUUGUGACAAAUGAUUGCAGGAGACCGAUGUCUUAUGUUUAUACUAUUUUGGGGUUUAUUUUCCAUGAA